GGGGGCGUGGUUCAGCGAGGUCUGUAACUGGAGAGAGUGUCGGGAGACGCGUGGUAAGUGAGGGGGUUAAAUGUAAAUUACAAACACCUGUUUCUCAUUCCAGUAAUUGGCGCGGAGGCAGGAUAAAACACCAGGAGAAGCAGGAGUGUGGGAGAGAGAGAGGGACUGCUGACUGAGACACUGAGCACGACAACAGCACUAGAGAGAAGCCCUAUUGUGGAUUGUUUAUACCGUUCUGGAGUGAAGCCCUGUUGUGGAUUGUUUAUUUUCGUUGUUGUGCGGUGCACAGACUUUUUUUUGGACAUUUUUCAUUUUACGAAAUAAAGCUCAGUCAGCAGUCAAAAGCCGACCCUUUGUCUUCUUCCUUCCCCACGAACUUGAACAUUACUACACUGGUGCCGAAACCCGGGAAGGAAGAAGGGAGCCGCCGCCAUGCAAACGCCCUCCGCCGUGCCGUUUGCGGACAUCAUCACAUCCCUCGCGGUCUUACACCAAGACCAACAUCAAGCCCUGCUGGACCUCCGCUCGGAUCAGGAGCGGCGUUUCCAAGCCAUCCUUCAGGUCCAGCAGGAAGACCGCGAGAGGUUCCGGAGCUGGAUCGACCGGGAGGUUCGUACGGAGACCACCGGACAGCUGGCUGCGCCCACCCAUCUUCCCCUCAACAAAAUGGGCCCGCUGGAUGACCCGGAGGCCUUCCUGGACCUUUUCGAGAAGUCCGCGGAGGUGUCAGGUUGGCCCCGGGAUCAGUGGCCCAUGCGACUCAUCCCACUGCUCUCGGGUGAGUCGCAGGUGGCAGCGCAGCAGCUGCCUGUACAGAACCUCCUGGUCUUCGACGACCUGAAGAGGGCCAUACUUCAGCGGGUCGGCCGGACCCCAGAACAGCAUCGCCAACGGUUCCGCUCACUGGAGUUAGGCGAGUCCGGUCGGCCCUUCGUGAUGGCCCAACAGCUCCGGGACUCCUGCCGCAAAUGGCUCCUGGCCGAGGGAGGCGACGUGGAGCAAGUCAUCGAUCUGGUGGUGCUGGAGCAGUUCAUAACUCGGCUGCCCAAAAGAACAGCCGAGUGGGUCCAGUGCCACCGCCCCACGUCGCUGGACUCGGCCAUCCACCUCGCGGAGGACCACAUGGUGGCGUGCCCAGGGUCGGCGAACCCCUUCCAUCUGCCUCUCUCUCUCCUUCUCUUCCAUCCUCCUCUCUCUCUAAGCCUGUCCCUCUCCCCAGGUCUCGUCCGCCCGGCCCUCCUCGUGUCCCGCCCCGGGGCGGGGCGGGACUGAACAGGGAUUCUUUUCCGGACCUCGGGUCCCGCCCAGGGGGGCGGGACCAUCUGCUGCCGGGCUGGACCCCACUCCUGCUUCUCCCCUCUCUCCGCGCCAACCAUUUAACCCUCUCCCUGCCACGAGAGCGGCGGGCAGGUCUGGGCCGGCCUGUUGGCGUUGCGGGGACCCGGAGCAUUUCGUGGACAGGUGUCCGAUUAUGGAGGUUGGGACGUUGAUCCGGGUCCCGGACGUUCCGCAGGCCGCCCCUGGUCAAGCUGGCGGGUACCAAAUUCCUUAAUUGGCGCGGAGGCAGGAUAAAACACCAGGAGAAGCAGGAGUGUGGGAGAGAGAGAGGGACUGCUGACUGAGACACUGAGCACGACAACAGCACUAGAGAGAAGCCCUAUUGUGGAUUGUUUAUACCGUUCUGGAGUGAAGCCCUGUUGUGGAUUGUUUAUUUUCGUUGUUGUGCGGUGCACAGACUUUUUUUGGACAUUUUUCAUUUUACGAAAUAAAGCUCAGUCAGCAGUCAAAA